AUGGAAGAAUCAAAACCUCAAAGUGAGACUAAUUCGACUACCGCAACCUUUGUUGGACAAACACUUUUGUUAUUUCGACGUUUGGCAUACGAUAUCUGGACAAGUCCGGUCAAUCUAAUCCUUGUUAUAUUGAUUGUAUUAUUAUUAAUCAAAUUAUAUUUAAUGAAACGAAAACCGAAUGAUACGGCUGAACCUGCACCCGUACAAUUACCUAAAAUGAAAAAAUGUGAUAUGACACUUGCAGAAUUACAUAAAUAUGAUGGAAAAAAUUCAGAUGGACGUGUACUAACAGCAAUUUAUGGUGAUAUAUUUGACGUUAGUCGCCGAAUAGAUUUAUACGGCCCAGGUGGUUCUUAUUGCACGUUUGCUGGUCGUGAUGCAACACGUGCUUUGGCCAAGAUGCAGCUAGAUGCAUCAUUAUUUACAGAAGACUAUGAUAAUUUAGAAAACUUGACUGACAAUGAACGUUCAACAGCACGAGCAUGGCAUGAUGAUUUUAAAGACAAAUAUGAUAUUGUUGGUCGAGUAUUACGUCCAGGAGAAUCACCAACAGUUUACACUGACGAGGUUGAUAGUGCUCAAAUGAAUGAUUUUAAGAAUUUCUAUAGUAGCAAAGAUCAUGAUAAUAAGAAAAUGUUUUCACCUACAUUGAGAUGUGUCAUAUGUCAAACAUCAAGAUGUGAUCAACCAUUGCACACAGAACAAGCAACAGAUACAUUAAAUCUGGUGAAUAAACGACUUACGAAUUUAUAUCAGAAUCAAACAUCUUUAACAUCAACAAAUUUAUCGCUGAAUGAAUCAACACCGUUUAUACAUUCUCAAACGAGACGAAGAAUGUAUCAAGUACGACGUACGUUUUUAUUGAUUGUGGCAUUUGAUCUAAUAUUUAUGAUCUUACUAUGGAUUAUCUAUGAUCAGAUUCUUAAUCGUACUAUUAUAGACGCUUUUCAUAUUGAAAUCGAACAGUAUAGUAUAAAAACUUCAUUGUUUGAUGUUGUUGAAUUGUCUGCAUUACGUUUCAUUCUCCUAAUGGUACCAUAUGCUAUUAUGAGAUGGUCUCAUUUAAUUUUUGUAUCUGUAAUAAACGAACGUCCGUCUGACCAAGAACCAUUGAUUAAUGAUAACAAUACACCAGAUUACCACUCAAUUACAAUGCGAUCAAGUAUUGAUAGACAAUCAUUUUAUUCCCCAAUACCAUCCGUGGACGGAAGUGACGUGGAUGAUGUCACAAAUGAAGAUUUUAGAAAUGUUUUAACUGAUACCGAGGCAUCUGCUAUUGGAACACCAACAUCCAUUGAUUUUGAACCACAGGAAGAUUAUGAAAAAUGUGCGGAUGAUGUAAUGGAAGAACUUUGGAAAAUAUUUAAAGAUACAGAUGGAUGGUCCUUGGAAUUAAAAAGUAACGAUGGAGAACACACUGUUGUAUCAAAAACUUAUCCAAAAUGGUCAAAAGUGUUUAAACUAACGGUAUUAGAAGUAGUGAAUACUAAUCUAUUUAUAUCAUAUCAAUUAACACCUGAACAAGCGCAUGGCGUUGUCGCUAAACGAGAUUUUGUUAAUUUGUCAGUAAGACGCUUUAUCGACAAUGUUGCAGUAUUAGGAGCACGAGCAUGUCUUCAUAUAAAUGCUCCACCAAAAGAUAAUUGUGUUAGGGGUGAAAAUGGACCAACUGCUUAUAUUAUAGAGAAAAUUGAUGAUUCAACUUCUAAAUUUACUUGGAUAUUAAAUGUCGAUUUAAAAGGUUGGUUACCACAGUAUAUCAUCAAUCAGUCAUUAGCAUCUGUUCAAAUUGAAUUAAUUGAAUCAUUACGAAAAUAUGUAUCUAAAACAACUGCUAUUUCUCCUUCGAUAACAACUACAGCUUCAUCAAUUUGA